AUGCCAACGGUUAGCUACCUGGGAACCGACGCGGUCGCCAAGAUUUACCAAGCUCUAUGUGUCGCGUACCGCGCCCAUCGUGGCCAGAUGCGCAAAUCUGGGGAACCAUUCAUCGUACAUCCUGUGGAAGUAUCCUUGCUUUUGAGCGGCUUGAAAAUGGACGCCGAAACUGUCAUGUCGGGUUUAUUACACGAUACCGUCGAAGAUACGGAUCUCACCUUUCAGCAAGUCGAGACGCUGUUUGGACAUACGGUUAGAAGUAUCGUCGAGGGCGAAACCAAAGUCAGCAAAUUACCAAAGUUGGCGUUUGCCGAAUAUGCUGAUGAACAGGCGGAGAAUUUGCGGCAAAUGUUUGUGGCCAUGACUAGUGAUUACCGCAUCAUUAUUGUCAAAUUGGCUGAUCGGCUUCACAAUAUGCGAACUCUGCGAUACAUGAAAUCAGAAAAACAAAUCAAAAUAUCACGGGAGACGCUAGACAUAUUUGCGCCCUUGGCGCAUCGCAUGGGCAUCUGGCAGUUCAAGAGCGAAUUGGAGGACACUUCUUUCAUGUAUUUGUAUCCUCAGGAAUACAAACGACUGAACCGGCGAUUACGACUGCAUCAACAAAGCUUCCAGGAGACUCUGGAAAAAGCGCAAGACAUCUUGCAGCGUCAGCUAAAUCUAGACUCAACAUUGCAGCAGCAAGCUUACAAGGUUGAGGUUUCAGGGCGUACAAAAGAGAUAUACUCCCUCUGGCAUAAGAUGGAAACAAAAAAUGUGCAAAACCUCGAUCAUAUAGUCGACGUUGUUGCUCUGCGGGUCGUUAUUUCCCCUCGGGAUAAAUCUGUGGAAGCUGACAAAUCAGAAUUGUCGAAUGAUUCGGAUCGUGGUGUAUGGCUUUGCUACCAUGCUCUAGGGCUUGUUCAGCAUUUGCCGGGCUUUGUUCCGGUUCCCACCCGAGUCAAAGACUACAUAUCCUUCCCUAAGCCAAAUGGAUACCAAAGCUUGCACACGGCAUUGAUCCUCAACGGCCAAACAAUCGAAGUACAGAUCCGGACUAGUAUGAUGCAUCAAGUAGCUGAAUACGGUAUGGCAAGUCACUGGGCGUAUACGGACGAUAAACGUCGCGGGAGUAAUGAGGAGCUAUACAGCACGCCCUGGCUUUCAUCGAUUAAGGAGUGGCAGAAUGAAGCAGUUAGCUCAAGGGAUUUCGUCGACAGCGUUCGUCGUGAACUUCUUGGCAAGAGAGUUUUUGUCUUCUUGCGCAACGGCAAGAUUCUAAACCUAGCUCGGGGUGCCACAGCAAUUGAUGCUGCCUUUCAGAUCCAUACCGAAGUUGGCUUGUCAAUGCACGGAGUAGAAAUCAAUGGGAAACCUGUUCCUUUAUCCUACGAAUUACAAAACGGCGACGUCGUUUCUAUUCUUACGGGCAGUGGAAGGCCGGCCACGGAUUGGAUGCGCUACGCCAAAAGUCGCUCCACGAGAUCAAAACUGCGAUCCUAUUUUCGUGAUCGACAAAAGGAAAGUCUUCGAGAGGCCGGGAAGAUUCUCCUC